CACCUACAUUACAUACAACUAUAAAUUAAUCACCACCUCUAAAUUCUUAUGUCUAAACUCUAAAUCCCCCACUUCUUGUUUAUCCUCCGCCCCUCUCUGUCUCUUGUCUUUCUCUUUCUCUUUCUCUUUCUCUUGUAAGCGCCUACUUUUGGUAACAACCAAAGGAAAAAAAAUAAUCUCGAGACAUAAUAAUGCCUGGACUCACCUGCAACGCUUGCAACAAAGAAUUCACCGACGAUUUUGAUCAAAAGCUCCAUUAUAAAUCCGAAUGGCACCGUUACAACCUUAAACGCAAGAUUGCUGGGGUUCCAGGGGUAACUGAAGCACUGUAUUUGGCAAGGCAAUCUGCACUUGAUGAAGAGAAGGAAAAGUUAAAUGCGGCCCCCAUGCUUUACAGUUGUGGACUUUGUGGCAAGGGUUACAGAAGCUCUAAGGCCCAUGCUCAGCAUCUUGAGUCGAAGAGUCACAUCAUGCGAGCUUCCCAGGGAGUAAAUAAUCAAAAUGAAGACAAUACCAUAAUUAAGCCGCUGCCACGUCGCACUCCAGUAAGACCUCUUCCUCCAAAAGAUGUAGACAUGGAGAGUGAUGAUAGUGAGUGGGAGGAGGUAGAUCCUGAGGAAGACAUGAUUGAUUCAAUUACAUCUAUGAAUGUGAAUGGGGACUCUACUGCUGCAGCGGGUACUGAUGAUGAUGAAGAGGAUGAGUUUGAAGAGCUGGAUCCAACCUGUUGCUUUAUGUGUGAUUUGGAGAAUGAUACCAUAGAAAGCUGUAUGGUUCAUAUGCACAAAAAGCAUGGGUUUUUCAUUCCUGACAUUGAGUAUUUGAAAGAUCCUAAGGGUCUCUUAACAUAUCUUGGGAUUAAGGUGAAAAGGGAUUUCUUGUGCUUGUACUGCAAUGAGAGAUGUCAACCAUUUAGCAGCUUAGAGGCUGUUAGGAAGCACAUGGAAGCAAAAAUGCACUGCAAAGUCCGUUAUGGUGAUGGAGAUGAUGAGGAGGAGGUGGAAUUAGAAGAAUUUUAUGAUUACAGCAGCAGCUACAUGGAUGAAGAUGGUAAACAGCUCAUCACAGCCAACGACGGGGCUAACUCUGUUGAAUUUGGAAGUGGUGGGUGUGAGCUCAUCAUCAAGAGCAGGACUGACAAGGGUGUAUCUGCCAAGACGCUUGGAUCACGGGAAUUCUUGCGCUACUACAAGCAGAAACCAGCCCCUGCUGCUGCAAAUAAUAUGGCUAUUGCAUUGGCCUCAAGGUACAAGAGCAUGGGUAUAGUAACUGUGCAAUCAAAGCAGCAAACGAUAAGAAUGAAGGUGUUGAAGGAGAUUAACAGAUCUGGAGUUGAAGCCAUGCGGAGUAAGAUGGGAAUGAAGAGCAAUGUCAUCCGAAAUCUUCCCAAUAAUGUUCCAUAUUAGACCCGUCAAGGAAUACUUCUGUUGUGUUCUAUUUAAAUAUUCUUUUUAUCUUCUUAUCUUGGUUAUGAACUAAAUGCACAUUAGUGGUUUAAGAUCAUAUGUUCACUAUUAUGUCUCAUCUUGUGUCCCUUUCCUUCCGUAUUCAAAUGAAGUGUUAAGACCUUUGGUGAAUGCGGAAGAUGUGGAACCUAAACGGGACAUAAUAUGAGACUGGAAUGGUGUUGAAGGUUCUUAACUUAUCACAUUUUGCUAGUCUCUUUGUUGUGUAUACUUCUGAAACAAAGUGAUGGUUGAGAAAAUUUUGAUGUUAGCUUUCGGUUAAA